GCACACAGAAGUUUGAGACCGUGUGACAGUUCAAGCAUGUUUUAGAGCUAUGACAUCAGCCACCCGUCACCUUUCUGUUUAAACUUGCGAACGAUCCCGUAAGAAAGCUAUAGGACGCUCUACUUCAGCCAAGUUUAACACGGAAAAAUUUCUUGUAACAAAUCAUCCCUAAUACCGUUAAAUAGGCGUCAACACUGUACGCUAUUUGAUCUCCGGAACAACUGUCGCGAAAAGUUUGACAAGCUAAAUACUCGCCACUGUGUGGCAUGCGAAAAAUUUUUUGGGAAUAGUGCUAUUCGUUCUGCAACCGGUUCCAUCAGAAAUCGUCGCCGCGUAACGCCAGUGUCGAGAGAGAUUAUCUCGAAGAGCAGUGGAUACUGACAUCCGAUACGAAUUAUGGUUUAUCUUACGCUGCGGGAAGCAGCGGCAUUGCGGAUUUCGCCGGUCAGGUCUUCGACUGUAGCUAUCUCCGCCGUGCGGGAGGAACAGUCAAUGGUAAACGACAUGUUGGAUGAUUUUAAGAGCACAUAUUACCAUCUGACUUUAAACUUCUCUCUGGCGAAUAUUGCUGUCAACCUGCUGGCAGUAUUCUUAUCCAUUAUUUCUACCGGUGAACUGCGCAAAGGAAGAGCACCAGCGGACGGAAAUACAAACUCCAAGCACACGAUGGAGAAUUGCGGUGAAUUCUGUCGCAAUUCCACAGAAGCACUCGGAGAUUUCUGUGAUUUCACAACGGGAUACAUCCUGGACGCGUGGACCAUUCUAUUUAACAUGGGUGGAAUCCUGUUCAGUGAGCGGAGGAGGCGAACCAUUUGCCAACAAGCAGCCAGUUCAUCUCACGUCAACAGAGCGCCGGGUUGGACGUUCUUUAAGGUCUACUUGUCCGGCAUGCUCGUCACCGUUCUCUUGGCGCUGGGCGCCUUUAUUCACGGAGCUGUGCAGUUGGGCGAAAAAAGAGGACGCGUGUUAAUCCUGAUUGGCGACAUGAAUUUCGUGGUAGUCGGGAUAUGCCUAAUGAUGGCCGCGGUAACCCUGAAUCGAGGGCGUGUUCCGCAUACUUUCACUGAGUGGUGUGUCGGAACAAACGAGAGGCCAGAAAAUACGCGGACCAGCGAAGCUGAAGCGUUCCAUAUUUGGAUGGUUUUGUCCUGCGCUACCGAGCUCUCAAUUAUGCUAAUUAUUAUUAUCUCCCAUUUCGAUGAUUUCCAGGAAAUCAGACAGACUGUGUUUGUGAUGAUUUCUCCGGCAUGGCGAAUUCUCACCAACAUUUUCGGACUAUCCGGUUUAUUUUACCGGGACCAGCCUCGAGCGCUUGCACCAGACCCGCGUCAGUAUUCCCAACCGGCUUGCUCAAGAUUCAUUCGCAUUUAUGUGGGCUGCAUGGCCGUUAAAGCUGCGCUCAGUGCGGCCGCAAUUGCAGAAGCGGUCGGACACCAGGCGACGGGAAAAUUUACCAAUAACUGGAACUCUGUCGAAGAAGGGCUUUCCCUGAUAUUGCAGGCCAUCCUAGCCUUACCGGGCCUUUUAUUACUGACAUGUCCUAGGCCUGUGGCAGACUCAGGCGCGACGGCUCCGCACGGUAUACUACCUCCCGUUGUACUUGUGAGCGACGCGGGAACUUCUACUCGUUCCGAUGAGGUAACGGAAAGCCUUUUGCCACGCCCUAGCACGCCGACGGAUGAAGCGCCUCCGUAUGCCGCAGUCGCUUUAAGGCGGGAAUCGGAUCUUCCUCCUUCAUAUGCGGAGAUUAUGAAGACGACGACAGGAAGAUCGCGGCAACGCCAGUGAUCUUGUGGCUGUAACGUUGUAGUCCGGUGUUGAGAAGACUGCCGGGGGUGAAAAGCGGUGUAACCAAAGCGAAAUUGGAGAACUAAAGUCGGGCGAACAUGUCGGCAGAACGAAAUCAUAUCGAAACAGCGUCCAGUUGUCCUCAUGACUCGGCCCCAUGAAAAAGCUGCGCAAAGUGGGCUUAUCAGGACAGCAUUCCAGUUACAGCAUCCAAGUCAAUAAUCGCCAAAGGAAUAGAUGUCCUGGUGAGUACAGAUGAGGCCCAACCGGAAUCAUGGCAGCCUGCAAUCUCCGCUGAACUCUUUUGCUACUACAAUUUGACGCUCGUGAAUGUCGAGGUGGCCUUGCCGAAUGACACGGUGAAAAAGUACCGCGUGUGAGACGGGAAUGAUGCGGCUCUGAACUGUCUGAAGCGUGUGCUUCGGGCGGGACCGCUGGGGCCCGUCACCAGGGAGUCCUUUCGCCGUGUGCUAAUCCCUUUUUGCAAGUUCCAGAAGAAAAUCCCUGAUAUUGCGGAUGAAAUGCAACGCACGUAGGACAUGCCACACUUUCACAGCCAAUUCCUGUCGAGGUGUGGUGCAACGAAGCAGAUAAUGUUUCUGGGGAUUGUGGAUGAGUGCGUUGCCGGGUUGGUCGCAAAAGGUCGCUGCCAAGACCCCGAGGAAUGGCGUAUUCGGAGGUAUUCGGUCUACGCCAUUCAGCGGUUCUUAGCUGCGCUAACGACGGGUUCCCCGAAGAUCGUGGGUAGAAUGGUGGACAAACUUGUGAGCGUGAUUUUGGGCAUGGAACAUCUGGACAACCCCAAUGAACUGCGCCUUAGUGAUCUAUUUGCGGAGUUGCAUCUGGCUGUAUUCUCCUAUAUGGAUGUUUUUGAUCAACAUCAGAUUCGCAGAUAUUUUUGUCUUCAGGGCGUGUAAAUGGUUUCGUCACUUAUUAUCCUCCGAGAUCAUACAACAGUGCUUGAUCUUACCACGUCAUGAACUCAUGCUAUGGAUAUCCUCGAUACUUUGAUACAGUUCUCACGACAGCAGUGGUCUAACUUUAUCGGAGCCCCCGCUACCAUAAUGCACAUACUGUGCAGCACAGUAACAGCCAGCACCAAAAUCAUUUACCUCAUCGGUAACUGGGAGAAAUGUCUGCACCAUCUGGCAAACAUUAUUCUGCCGUUUCUGAGCGUGAAACUCGAUUGGUGGAUCAUCGCUGACAAUUCCGUCCUGACGUUCCACGAGUUUAUAGAAUUCCCUAACCUUUCCUGGUAUACUUUCUGGCCUAUGUUGCGAACGGAAGAUGAUUUUGUUACAUUCCAGGCCACAUUUCAGUCGAGGCCGAUUAUGCCACUGUGUUACGCCACCUGUUGCUGAAAAACUGUUGCUUCUAAUGGCAAGCUGUCAAUGUGUUUUACGCCGAUAUCGUACAACUAUCCCAAUGACCAUCGAAUCCGCAACACCCGGUCCUUUCCUCAUUAGCAUGUUGUAAGGAGCCGGUCGUUUUCGUAUUUCCGUAUUGGAAGUAUACCUUUACGGAACCCACAACAUGCACGUUGCCGGCAGCCUUCCAAUCAGUCCUGAAAGAACGGUGUCCCACACUUCCAGAUAUGUAGUAAAACCAGAGCCACGCUAUCCUGGUUAGAUUCUUUGACGGAGGAUGAUUUAAAGAAGAAAUACGUUGGAAUCUGGCCUUUUUUUCCGCUGUGUUAUGAGCUAUGGAAGAAGAAAAAGGCCAAAAACAUCGAUGACGUCACAAAGGAUGUGGCUACCAGGCUGCCUCCGAAGUGCUUGCUCAUGCUGACCCUCUCCAUGUUGUUGACCGUCGCGGAUGCAGGCUAAGAUGAAUCAGACUGAAAGGAAAUUCAAACUCUAACUGGGCACCAAAUUUUUCUAAAGGCAUUGGUGCAUGUGCCGUCCGAGAAAUAAUGUGUUUCCUUGACUAUCAACUGCAGGUUUUUUUACAUUUGACAUUUAGACUUUCAAACUAAAUUAAAUCCCGAAUUUGGUCAUAUGCCGAUUUUGCCGACGUCAGCUUCUGUGCGCCAGAACAGCCACAUGCAACAUAAUUCGCCGCAUUAGUAAGCUUGACCCACUGAUUUCCUUCUCUGUAGUCUGUACUUAUAUAUAAGCACUUCCCCUGCACCAGGCCAUUCAGGAAAAGGGAUGAGGAUCCAACAAAAAUGUUAAAAUUCGUCCAGCCACUUUAUGAUUGUUUUGCGGCUGCCUUAAAAUGCUGUUUUUUUUUCCAUUACCGGCUUGUACAGAUACGAUGUAUCCUAAUCACCGCAAUUCUAAUGCCGAAGAUUUAUUCGCAGGGCUAAAGAAUAAAAAAGUCUGACCGUGUUGUGCUUUUUCAUGC